CUGGUAUGCUCUAUGAAAUUAAUGCAAGCUAAUGUUUCCACAGUUUACUUGAACCCGUCUUCUGACAAGACGUAGUACACAACACGUGUGCGCGGUGUGAACAUAAAAAGAAUGGCAGAACACAUGGAGCAGAUAACAACAAAUGGUCCAAGCAGCACCACAAAUGGUGAGGCUACCGAAGAGAUGAAGAGUGGUGAGGGUGGAGAGGAGAUGACAUCCAAGGACUACUACUUUGAUUCAUAUGCUCAUUUUGGCAUUCAUGAGGAGAUGUUGAAGGAUGAAGUUCGCACACUAACCUACAGAAACUCUAUUUAUCACAACAAACAUUUAUUCAAAGGCAAAGUAGUUCUUGAUGUAGGUUGUGGCACUGGAAUUCUCUGUAUGUUCGCUGCAAAAGCUGGAGCUGCUAAAGUUAUUGGGAUUGAAUGUUCUGGUAUUAUAGACCAUGCUAAAAACAUCAUAGAGGCAAACAAGCUUGACAAAAAUAUUUACCUUGUAAAAGGUAAGGUAGAGGAGGUAGAGCUACCAGAGGGUAUAGAGAAGGUGGACAUUAUUAUCAGUGAAUGGAUGGGCUACUGCUUGUUCUAUGAAUCUAUGUUACAAACAGUACUCUUCGCUAGAGACAAGUGGCUGGCACCAAAUGGCAUGAUCUUCCCAGACAGAGCCACACUGUAUGUGACUGCAAUUGAAGACAGGCAGUACAAAGAUGAGAAAAUUAACUGGUGGGAUAAUGUAUAUGGUUUUGAUAUGAGUACAAUAAGAAAGGUUGCAAUAUCUGAACCAUUAGUUGAUGUAGUAGAUCCCAAACAGGUGGUAACAAACUCCUGUCUUGUUAAGGAGGUGGAUAUAUACACAGUACAGGAAAAGGAUCUCCAUUUUACUGCUCCCUUCCAUUUGUCAUGUCGGAGGAAUGACUAUGUGCACGCUCUAGUUACCUUCUUCAACAUUGAGUUCACUAAAUGUCAUAAGAGAACAGGAUUCUCAACAGCUCCUGAAGCACCCUACACCCAUUGGAAACAGACAGUGUUUUACUUCAAUGAGACUGAUCUGACAGUGAAACGAGGCGAGGAAAUCACAGGCACCAUCACAAUGCAGCCAAAUAAGAAAAACAACAGAGAUCUAGACUUUGAGGUAGAUGUGGAGUUUGAGGGAGAGUUGUCGUCCAUGAAAGAGACUUUAAAAUACAAAAUGCGCUAGUAACAAUACUUGACAAUCUGUUGCCAUGGAAACAAACAUAAUUGAGUACACAUGUACUCAAGGCCUGACUGUGAUACAGAAUCACCUCGGAUUGAUGCAUCACACCGCAUGCUGUUCCUACCAAAGAGGCCUCACCAGGGGAAAUAAGUGGCCCCUUUUUCAAUAGACUAGAUAAAAAUAUAUAAUCAUAUGUGUUAUUAGUAUGUAACAAGAUUGCAUGCUACAUUAUUGAAAAGUAUGUGCUUUUUUUUUCUGGAAAAAUACACUUUAGUUUUAAGUUGAGAAUAUUGAUGAGAGGGGUAUAUACAUUCAAGAAAGUGUGCAAAUUUCUUGAACUUGAUCAUGUGAAAUUACAAUGUUACACAAAUGAAUUAUGGGCUUGGUUUAGGGAACACAGCAAUUUUCGUUGGACAGAAAUUACAUUUAAGUUCACUUUUGUAUAAAUUUGGGAUCACUUAUGAGUUGAAGAAUCAGAUGUACCUUUUCUUUUUUCUUUAAGAAAAUUUACAUUUGUAUUGAUAAAUAUCAGUUUUAAGUAUUUAGUAUGUAAUUUGAGUGAAAAAGAUUAACUACAUAUAUGUAUGUAUUGAUAUUUACUGCAAAAUAGGCUUGUCAUGUACAUGGAUUUAUAUAAUAAUGUGAACGAUUACGUAACAAGAGUUAAGAAAUUAAAGCAAUAUUUUGUUUUUGGUAAGUUGCAUCUGUACAUUCACAAAUCAAAAGUUUUAAAAAAAAGAUACUGAACUGACGAAUUAGAUUCAGAAACUGAAACUCGAGCUGAUUCAUUUAGUUUGAAAUUUGUCACUUUGAACUCUAUAGUUGUUUGCUGAUGAAAACAUAUUUUGCAAAUGCAUUUAAAAUAGAGGCUGGUGGGUGGAAUUUUGAAGUAAUUUCAGUUUAUUGUAAAGAAUUUCAUUACAGUGCUUGCCGUCGUAUUGAGAUAAAUAACUACAGUCCUAAUUUUAUUGUAAACAGUCAUUAUCACUAAAUUUUUAUAUUUUGUAAAAUUAUGAUCUGUAAAAUGAGACAUUUUUUGAGCUUGUGUUAGGUAAUUAUCUUGUAUAUUUUAUACCCAUAUAUUUUUGUUUUAUGUUGUUACUGUCUUUUGUUUAUUGAUGGUCCCAUGACUUUAAUCUAGACUAACAAAACAUAUGCUGUUUUCCAGCAGUGGACCAUGCCUAUAGUUUUGAUAAUUACAGACUUUUUAAUCUAUUGAACAAAACAAUAGAAUGGUCAUGAGGUGCUUUUCAUCUCAUCUGUAAGGUGAGACUGUAUACAGUUGAACUUUGUUAGCAGUCACUUCAGUUCAGCUGAUCUUAAUCUUCAGACUGCUGUUUAAGCAGGAUGGAUAGCUGAGAACAUAUUCAGUUCAGCAGCAGUAUCUCUUCCAAGCAUAAAUUUCUGUGAAAUGCAGGUUGUAGAAAAUCUUUCACAUUUUGCUCCUAACUUGCAGCUGAAGUAUUUAUUUAGUGAAAUGGUAAAGGAGUUGGAUAGAUACUUGCAUGAGAUGUGUUAUUACUGAUAGAGUAAUAUCAUAGAUUUGAGUAGAUUACUUGAACGCAAACACUCCUUAGAAACAACAGUUAACAAACAUGUAGGAAAUACUGUUACAGGCUUAUAAAAUAACUUUGAGGACCAGUCUUGAAACUUUUUUAUGAGAUUGGAUGAUUGUGGUUCUGGGACGAUCUUUGUAUGAAAAGAAUUGGAACCACUGCCUUACCCUUGCAUGAUCGUAAGAGGCGACUAAUAGGGUCUUAACACUUGGUUUUGCUGUAACUCUUGUGAUUCUAGCAGGUAUGCAAAUUUUGAUUCCAUACCUCUUGUUUUUAUUUCGAUGUAAAUGAGAUGUAAAACCAAAAUUUAUAGUCCUGUUUGGCGCCAUAUAACCUAUACUGUGUUGGUGCACAGCAAAACCCAAAUAAAUGAAGAAAUAAAUUGUUCAUGAAAUUGACCAAUGGCAAGCCAGUAUUCUGAGACUAGUCUCAUUUGAGCCAUGUUUUAGAGCUCUUUAUGUUAUCAACUGCAGUAUGCAUAUCGAUUCUGAAGAAAGGUUUGCUAAACUGCUGUAAAUUUCUGUUUGUAAUUUGAAGGAAUCUUGCAGGAAAAUUGUUUUCACUUUUGACAGUUGAAUUUUCCUGCUGCGUCACCUAUUUCAAGUGCAGUAUUAUUGUGCUAAGUAGUAGUAUGGGCAUUUAAUUUCAUAGAAUUGAAGAAAAUUAAUGCUCUUCAUUGGACAAACAUUUUUUUUUUCUUGUACAACAUCUAGAUUUUUAGUCUUUCAUUCAUCUUUCAUGUUUUAAUCAUCCCAUCAUUGUCCACUUAUUAAUUAUGUAAUUGUUUGCUUUUGUAGGUCAGCAAAAAUGACCAUGAAAUAAAGUCAUGUGCAACAAAA